AGCCAGGAGGCGGGAGUGACCCGCGGCAGCUGACCCAGCACAGGCACUGCCUCUCCCACAGCCCUCAGAACACACGAUGGGCCCAGAGGCGGGUUUGCAGCACAGCAGCGACGACGCAGGCGGCAGCCCCAGCGACUCUCAACUGCCUCCCUGACCAUCGACACCACUGCCGAACACCCGAAAAGCCAUCGCCACAAACGGCGGGAGACUCUACAGGCCCCCCAAAACACCUUCGCGAUCGACUCAAGCUACGUCAACAACUAUGGCAGGCGAGGGGUGGCGGGCGGAGCCGGAGAGGGAAGGAUGGGGGCUGUACGUCACGCCCAGGGCUCCGUUACGGGACGGGAGGCCCCGGCUCGCCCCUCAAAAUGGCGGCAGCAGUGACGCGCCUGCGUAUGUAACUCCUACGCCGUCACGCCACGGCCGGCGGGAAGUGAGGUUCUCAGAAGAGCCGCCCGAAGUGUACGGCGACUUCGAGCCCCGGGCAACCAAAGAAAAGGCCCCGGUGGGAAGACAAAUUCCGCUAGAAGAGUUCCGGCCCGAUUCGGCGAAAGAGGAAGUGAGAGAACGCUCCUAUUAUUACCUUCGGUCUCGGAAGCGGAGGCAGCCGCGACUCCAGGAAGCCGAGGAGAUGAACACGCGAAGAGCUACUCGCCUCCAGCAUCAGCAGCACUCACAGCCGCCUCCGCUGCAGCCGUCUCCGGUUACGACCCGGAGAGGAUUACGGGACUCCCAUUCAUCCGAAGAGGAUGAACCACCUUCACAAACUGUUUUAAGCCCAACCGUCUCAAAGAAAACUAUCAGGAGAACACAGACUCCAGUGGUGAGUGAAGAUCCUGUAAUCAGCCUGCGUAGACCCCCUCUAAGAAGCUCAAGAUUUGAUUCGUCAUAUAAAACAAAUGGAAAUACUAAAAUGAGUGAAUUAGAAGCCACCAGUGUCCCACAGAAGGUCAAUUUCUCAGAAGAAGGGGAAACGGAGGAAGAUGAUCAAGACAGCUCUGACAGUGAUGUUACAGUUGUUAAGUUCAGAUCCGUGUCCGGGGAUUCUGUUGAGUCUGGAGACAAAACCACCGGAUCAUCAAGUCAAUAUCCAGAAUCACUUUGGCAGUCAUCACAAAGUCGAGACUUCACAGCUUUUGAUAAGCAACCAUUAGUGCUAAGCGCGGGAUAUCAAAAAAAUCAUCAGGAAUGGGUUGAACGAACCACAAGAAUAAGGACUAGGAUGCAAACAUCAUCAUCAGGCAAGCAUUCGAUAUAUGGCAGUUUUUCAGAUGAUGACGGUGUUCAGAAAUCAGAGCUUGGAAACCAAUCUCCAUCAGCCUCCAGCCAACAAGUGACUGGACAACCCCAAAGUGCAUCUUUUGUCAAGGUGAAGUGGUGGUGGCCCUGUGUUCUGAUAGCUGCUUUUCUCAUUGGGUGUUUUUGGUACACUCGUACUCCUGAAGCAGAAACCACUGCUGUUCAAGAGUUCCAGAACCAGAUGAAACAACUUAUGAAUAAGUACCAAGGUCAAGAUGAGAAGCUGUGGAAAAGGAGCCUAACAUUCCUGGAAAAACAUCUUAAUAGCUCCCACCCUCGGCCUCAGCCUGCUAUCUUGCUGCUCACUGCUGCCCGAGAUGCUGAAGAAGCACUCAAGUGUCUGAGUGAACAAAUUGCUGAUGCCUAUUCUUCGUUCCGAAGUGUUCCUGCAAUCCGGAUUGAUGGGGCGGGCAAAGCAACUCAAGACAGUGAUGUUGUCAAACUAGAGGUAGAUCAGGAACUGAGCAACGGAUUCCAAAAUGGCCAGAAUGCAGCUGUGGUCCACCGCUUUGAGUCAUUGCCUGCAGGCUCUACUUUGAUCUUCCAUAAGUAUUGUGAUCAUGAAAAUGCAGCCUUCAAAGAUGUAGCCUUAGUCCUAACUGUCUUGUUAGAGGAGGAGACACUUGGAACCAGUCUAGGCCUAAAGGAAAUUGAAGAAAAAGUGAGGGAUUUCCUCAAAGUCAAGUUCACCAACUCUGAUACACCCAACUCCUACAAACACAUGGACCCAGACAAAUUGAGUGGGCUCUGGAGCCGUAUUUCUCACUUAGUCCUGCCUGUACAACCUGAAAAUGACCUGAAAAGGGGCAUCUGCUUAUAAGAGGAGACAGAAGAGAAAAUCAUGUCUCAAGUUCUGAGAAUUUUUCAAACUUUCUAACCAUAGACAGGAUGCAGAGCUCUUUUUGAAAGAACUGCUUUCUUUUUAAAGGAGGUUAAGUUCUUAGGUAAACAUGGAAUAUCUAAAUCGUUUAUUCAACCUAAUUAUCUGUUUUUUGAGAGAAUCGUUUCCUUGUUUCCAUUGAGGUCUGUGUUAAUGAUAUCUGAGGACUAUAAAUUAUAUGCAGUCCCAUAGAGGAUCUGCUUAGAUUCUGGGUUGAAUCAUUAUUGCUAUGGUAUGACCAGUGGGAGGGAUUAGGCUCCUUCCUAUGAAUCCACCCAAUUUUUUUUUUUUUUUUUUUUUGCGGUACGCAGGCCUCUCACUGUUGUGGCCUCUCCCGUUGCAGAGCACAGGCUCCAGACGCGCAGGCUCAGCAGCCAUGGCUCACGGGCCCAGCUGCUCCGUGGCAUGUGGGAUCUUCCCGGACCGGGACAUGAACCCGUGUCCCCUGCAUCAGCAGGCGGACUCUCAACCACUGCGCCACCAGGGAAGCCCCCACCCAAUUUUUUAACUUAGGUUUUUUUCACAGUUUGUUGAGUUAUUAGUAAGACAGCUCCCUGAGCACAACUGUGGGUUCCACUUUUGUCCUCUUCUACAUCGUUUAGAUGUGAAUUCCGUAGUCAGCUUCUGUUUAUAGGAACAAAAAUAAUGAAAGGCCAUCUGAAUGUGUGUUUGGGAUUUUUGUUUUUUUCCUUUGAUUUUGGAGGGCAAGGAGAAGGAGACAUGGGAAAGGUUGUGGAAUGGGGAGGGAAAGGGGGGAAAAAGUCUUCAAGAUGAAACAUUAAAAUAAGCCACUGAGGGAAUUCCCUGGCGUUCCAGUGGUUCCAGGACUCCACGCUUUCACUGCCGAGGGCCCAGGUUUGAUCCCUGGUCAGGGAACUAAGAUCCUGCAAGCCGCCCCACGUGGCCAAAAAGAAAGCCACUGAGGCUUAGGAUUAGUCAAACAUAGUUAUAUGAACUGCAUUCUCAGUGAAUUCUGUUGGGACUUGUUUUUCACAUGUCCUUUUUUCUCCUUUAAGAAAUUUUUAUUCCUCCCAAAGAUUUUGAAGCAUGUAUAUGAUGAGGUUUAGUAUAUUUGUUCACUUGGCUCUUAAGAAUGGGUAAGUUCAGAGCCAUUUAUUUUGGUCAUAUCCUGAAAGUUUUGUUAAGAAAUACAGUUUCAGGAAUUGGUAAACCAUUUGUUAACCAGCUCUCCUGGGCUGUUGAAGAAGGGUUUGAUUUCCUGCAUGUCCCCUUGUUGCAUUCUGAGUCCUCUAAUGACACUCGUGUAACAAGAAUAAAGAUUUACAACGCACGUGAUAAAUUCUGCUAAGAGUGCCUCAAGCGAAAAAGAAAGUGAAGUUUACCAUAUAUGAAGAAUGUUAAAAUGUACUACUGUGCAUUACUGUACUACUAUAGAAUUUCAGUUUUA